AAAAAAAAAAAAAAAAAAAAAAAGAAAAAAAAUGAGCUCACCAUCUUUACCAUCUCCCGGUGAGAUUGUGAUAUAUGAUUACAGACCAAAAGAUAAACCUAUUGUAGGUGAAUCCCUCAAAGUACUUCAAUGGAAUAUCGAAAGAAAUUAUGAAUCCGAAGCGAUCAUUGAAACUAUUCAAGAUUUAGAUCCUGAUGUCAUUUUACUUCAAGAAGUUGAUAUUUAUUGUAAGCGAUCGGGUAAUCGUGAUCACAUGCAAGAAUUAUGUAAGGCACUUCAAUUGCUUGGAUGUUUUGUUUGUGAAUUUGAAGAACUCGAUAGUUCGGUCAGAAGGCUAAGGGAUACAGGUGGAGGUGUACAUGGAAAUGCAAUAUUAUCAAAACAUGAUGUUGAUUUUAGAGUUCUUGAACAUAGAAAGAAUGCAUUUAAUUGGGAAAAAAAUGGGAUCUUAUUAAGAGAGCCAAGAAAAGGACAGUAAAGUAGUAUUUUAUAUAUAGAAAUAUAAGUAUGUAAACAUAUAGUUUAAACAUAUAUUUGUAGACGAUAUACUUUAGUUGGAACUGUGAAUGCAUCUCCAUUACCGCCUAUAGUUUGCUAUUGCGUUCAUUUAGAGGUAAAUAGUAAAUUAAUAUAUUUAUAUGUGUAUCGUAUAUGACUAUAUACUAAAUUAAACUUUCUCUCUCUCUUUUUGUACAAGGUUUUUACAGGUAUUAUUAAC